AUUAAUUUCCACAAAUAAUAGUCAUCUUAAUUAUUUUUCACACAAAAAUUAAAAAAAUAUGGCUGGCUUUAAGAAAUUGUUGGCAACUUUUUUUCUUGUGCUAAUGCUGGUUUUUGCUACUGAGGCAAGAACUUGCGAAACUCAAAGUCACAAGUAUAAGGGUCCGUGCGUGAGGAAGAGCAAUUGUGCUAAUGUCUGUAAGACUGAAGGCUUUAGGGGUGGUCACUGUCGUGGGUUCCGUCGCCGUUGCUUCUGCACUAAAAAUUGCUAAAUUAAUUGAUAUUUUUUCGCGAAUUAAUUGACAUCUUAUUCGAGUGUUUUUUUACAAAAAAAAUAAAAAUGUUGGAUUUGUUUUUUGUUUUUUGUUUUCGUUGUUUGAUUAUAAUGCUAUCGUAAAAAUAAGUAAGAAAUCAACAUGUACUCGGAAAUUGAUCUUUUCAAUUUCUGAAAUUUGAUGUUUUUGGAUAAUUAAUUGAGUGUGUUGUUAUUUGAGUCAA